CCUGCAGAUGCGUCGUGCUCUCUCGACGCAUCUCGAUUUUGUGACCGCUACAAGAGAGACACGCGGAAGGCAUGAUUUCGUUAGCAGCUUACUACGUGCCAUGUUAUAUGCAGGUUCACUUCACAAAGGUUGCCUUCAUGAUAUUUGCCAUGGCGUUUCCGAUAGCAGCCAACAGGCUGGACACAAAGCUUAAUCCAAAAGGUUGUGGUGUUUCUGAGCCGAUGGGGAGAAUAUACAAUGGCAAGCCGAUCGGCAGGGAGAACGUUCCCUGGAUGGUUUCAGUUUUGGUGACCUUCGAUGAUCCUGGUAAAGUAUAUGGAUGCGGCGGAAGCAUCAUUACAAGCAAUGUUAUACUGACUGCGGGGCAUUGCUUGUAUAAAGAGUUCGUCUAUGCCAAAGACGUCGUGGUGGUUUUCAAUUCAACGCAGAAAGACCGGGGCUCCGCAAUGUACGCUGAGAUGAUGAUGGUGCACCCAGAAUACAGUGAGCUUGCCGAGGUCGCGCAUGACGUGGGACUUCUGAAACUGCCGCUGCCACUGGAAUUUAACCCAAUCGUAAAACCCGUGUGCCUGCCCACAGCAAAAAUGGAGCUUGCGGGCAAGACUCUUUUAGUUGCAGGAUGGGGAGGGACAGAAUAUGCAGUCACCAGCGAGACUCUUCUGCACGCUCACGUUGUUGCUCUCUCAGACGAAGAGUGCGAAAAAGCAAAACAACGAUACAGGAAAGAGUUCACGCUCCGUCCCUAUCGAACUGGUCCUGUAAUUUGUGCAAAAUUGGCAAGAAGUUCACCCUGCCGGGGUGACUCAGGCGGACCAGUAACGUUCACUGGCGACGAUGGAAGAUCACUGCAAGUUGCAAUUGUUUCAGGUGGUGACAUAUGCCCGCCAACAGUGCCGUCAGUGAAUACACGGGUCUCCGGUUACAUGCGAUGGAUUCGAGGCGCCCUCAGUCACCCUGGAAAGUGGAUGAAACUCAGGUUUUUCCCGUACCUACUCACGUUGCAAAAGCCUGCGCGCGCCGGUGCUCCAUAACAGUGGACGUACACAGGAAGAAAGGACCGACGAAGCAUGCCCUGAAUAUUUUUCCCUUCUCGGUCAGUGUAGUAUUGUGCGCCGGCCAGCAAGAAUACACGUCAGACGCACGAAGAAAUAAGCCACAUCUAAUGUAACAAUGUGGAAAACAAACUGAUGUGGAGACAUCUUGUCGGAUACACAUAUUGAAAGAAGACAGCGCUGGCCAUGCAUACGUAUAGAAAACGCAAACAAAUGUAAAAUAAACGACCCUGACCAGCCCUUUAGUUCAUUAAUAAAUGUGC